GGUAAAACCAUCCCUUUACUAUCUCGCAAUUAUGAUCUGGCUGCUCCAUGAAUGUUUCUGCUUUCAGGCCAAGACCCUAACCUACCAAUUCUCUAACCUACCUAAGUCUGCAACUAAGGUCCAGAACCAGGAAGGUGAAACAGGAGUGUUCACGUUUGAUUUCUUAUCAAACUUCUCAACUCGCCCAAAGAUAAUUGAACAAGGAGUGCAUUUUACUCAACAAGGAAAAUACUUGAAUAUUUCUGAACCAUUAUUCGAAUAUGGUAACUUCUGCUCUAUGGAGGCAUGGAUCUUCAUUAGAAAGCUAAACCAAGGCACUUUUGUUAAUAUGGAUGUUACACAGAUUGUGACAGGUGGAAGUCCGGUUGUACAGAAUGCUAGAUUUAUGUUCAGGAAUUGUAAGUACUUAUGGAUUAUUGAGAACUAA